AUGAAGGUCCUCGCCCCUCUCGUGCUUGCCAGCGCGGCCAGCGCCCACACCAUCUUCUCCUCUCUGGAAGUCGGCGGCGUUAACCAAGGCCUCGGCCAGGGCGUGCGCGUGCCCACUUACAACGGACCGAUCGAGGACGUUACCUCGGCCUCCAUUGCCUGCAACGGCUCGCCCAACACGGUCGGCUCGACCUCCAAGGUGAUCACGGUCCAGGCCGGCACCAACGUGACGGCCAUCUGGCGGUACAUGCUCAGCACCACGGGCGACUCCCCGGCGGACGUCAUGGACAGCACGCACAAGGGCCCGACCAUCGCCUACCUCAAGAAGGUCGACAACGCGGCCACCGACAGCGGCGUCGGCAACGGCUGGUUCAAGAUCCAGCAGGACGGCAUGGACGCCAACGGCGUCUGGGGCACCGAGCGCGUCAUCAACGGCAAGGGCCGCCAGAGCAUCAAGAUCCCCGAAUGCAUUGCCCCCGGACAGUACCUCCUCAGAGCGGAGAUGAUUGCCCUGCAUUCGGCGGGCAACUAUCCUGGUGCGCAGUUCUAUAUGGAGUGCGCCCAGCUUAAUGUCGUUGGAGGAACUGGCGCCAAGACCCCUUCGACUGUCAGCUUCCCUGGGGCUUACUCGGGUUCUGACCCCGGAGUCAAGAUCAACAUCUACUGGCCUCCCGUCACCUCUUACACCGUCCCUGGCCCCAGUGUUUUCACUUGCUAA